AUGGCGGAGGACCACCCGAUCCCGACUGAUGCCUUGGCGGGGUUGGCUGACCGUUGGGAGUCUUUCGCCCCGAUCAGGCAAAGGAAAGCGGUGGUUCUCAACGCGGAUGUGCUGCGUAUGGCGGCAACUUCUUGGGUGGAGGUCUUUGACUUCGAGGGUUCAGGGUCACGGCCCAAAACGCCUCCUGUGAGGCCAACAGUUGAGGAGGUCCGGAACUUCUACAAGCUCAUGCUGGGUGAGGGCAUUGACCUGGACAAGUCCAAGAAGAUCAAGAUCUACAGUGAUGAUGGUGCUCGGCAAGUUGCACGCGUCUUCAUGGCUGCAUGGUAUCCAUCGCAGCUGGCCGCCUGGGAAGAGCCGGACAGCCUUGAUUGCAUUCCCUGGGGUAGCGAUGAGUCUUUGGAUGAUGAGACGUUUGAAGCAAUGAUGGAUGUGCAUGAAUCUGGUGAUGCGCCUUUGCCAGACCCUGCUCCUCAUCACCAUGUUGCCAACCCAAAUGACCCGGCCAACAUGGAUACCCUCCCUUCUGACCCCAGUGAGUGGGGAGCAGUGCUUGGGGGACCUGACCGUCCUAGCCCUGAUUCUCCACCAGAAGUUGCCGUGGAAUACAUCGAUGCUGCGAUCCCUCGUGCCUCCUCACGUCCACUUCUGGAAGUGGAAGUGCAGGAUUCCCAAGAUGAAUAUGCCCACCUGCCUGACUCCCAGCCCGGUAGCCCAUCCCCUUCUCAGCCCGCGGAAGCUGGUGAAGCUUGUGAGAAAGAUGGUGGGGUUGGCAAGGAAACAGGUAAGGAGGGGCAGGAUGAAGAAGAUGCUCAGAAGGACAAACUGCUGAAGGCCAAGACUUUGGUUUUGGGGGAGGAAUCGGAGAAAGAGGAUGGGGAGCACCCAGGAUCACCCAUGAAGUCUCAUGCUGAGGAGAACAAGUCAGAACCGGUAAGCCCAACAGAGCUGGAAUUACCUGAUACCUUGACCCCAGGGAGCCCGUGGUCACCAUGGCCAGUUUCAAAGCCAGCACCCGAGGAGAUGACCGUGCCAGACACACAGCUAGACGGCCUAGAUGAACCAGAGGUCCCGAUGUCCCAGCCCGAAACCCAGCCAGACCACCAAGAUGAAAAUGACAAGGUCCCAGAGGUUGAGAUGUCCCAGCCCGAAACCCAGCCAGACCACCAAGAUGAAAAUGACAAGGUCCCAGAGGUUGAGAUGUCCCAGCCCGAAACCCGGCCAGACUACCAAGAUGAAAGUGACAAGGUUCCAGAGGUUGAGAUGUCCCAGCCCGAAACCCAGCCAGACCACCAAGAUGAAAAUGACAAGGUCCCAGAGGUUGAGAUGUCCCAGCACAAAACCCGGCCAGACUACCAAGAUGAAAAUGACAAGGUCCCAGAGGUUGAGAUGUCCCAGCACGAAACCCAGCCAGACUACCAAGGUAAAAAUGAAAAGGUCCCAGAGGUUGAGAUGUCCCAGCCAGAAACCAAGACCACGCCCCAGGAACACCACAUCCUGGACGAGUUGGAGAACAAAUAUCUUCGACGAGCAGAGCAAGAUGCUUUGCGGUGGGCGCCACAGGAGGAUCAGGAGGAUGGGCGUGGGAGCCGUGGGAGGGGCCGUGGACGUGGGAAGGGACGAGGCAAAGGAAAAGGCAAAGGAAAGGGAAGGAAGGGACGUGGAAAGGGAGAAUCCAAACCAAAGAGCCGCAAGGGUGUCCGCAGAGCAUUGCAACCGGAGUUGGAAGAAUCUGUUGGGAGUGAUUCCUGCUCUGUGCAUGCUACUGCAGGCAGUGACUUGCCCCAGCCCACCCCGAAGAAAGCAGCAAAGGCCCCAAAGCGGGCUGCAAAGGCAAAAGCUUCGCCCAAGAACAAGAGCAAACAGAGCAAAGCCAAGGCAGCAGCAAAGGCAAAGGGUGCGCCCAAGGCCAAGGCAGCAGCAAAGGCAAAGUCCGCACCUGCCCCAGCUGAGGGCCCCCGUGCUGAUGCUGAGGAUGCUGCAGCCCCCGCAAAAAAACUUAGGGGCAAAAAGGCCCAUCCAGUUGAGAUUGAGAUCCCCGAGUUCAACUAUGCCACCAUUGUUCCUUACUGGUCCCGCAAUGCAUGUGCCUUGAAGAUGCCAGAGUUGGACAAUCCAUCGCAUAUCACCCAGUCUUUCUACAUUGCCAGCAAGAAGCAUGACAUGAAGGAGCUGAUUUCGGUGAGUGCGGAGAUUGCUUCUCGUUUUGCAUAUGCUACCCUGGUGGAUGCAGCGGGCGGCAACUAUGCGGCCGAAGAGGUCCAAGCCAAGUUCACGGAGCUGAAAGCAAGUUUGCGUUAG